UAUCUAAACAGUAAUAAAUGUGGCCAGUACGUUAACACUGAAAUUCUAGCAGCAGAACUACGGAAAAUAUAUAGUGCUGAUUAUGGACGAAGAAAAAGAAAUGCCUUUAGAAUACAGGUUGAGAAAGUUAUUGGGAUAAUCAAAGAUGAGAUAAAAUCUACAGAUUUAGCCAUUCUAGAAGAUGAAUAUUUAACAAAGAAGACAAAAAGGGAUGAAAAUGAUUCAGAGACCAGCAUGGAUACUUCUGAUACCGAUACUGAACAUCCU